AUGGCGAUAAUCAACUCGCUACCUCCCGAGAUCAUCGCACACGCCUUCAAGUAUUGUGCUUACGAGGCCCAGGAGGCAUGGAUCCAGUAUGUCCUAGACAAGCCGAAAAACAACCAGCUGAGGCGUAAAGGCCCGCUCGUCGACGCGACGACGACAAGCGAUUCAGCUCCUUUCAGCCAACCCAUGAACCCGACGCCAUACUACUGCAUGACUCUCACUCAUGUCUGCCGCUUCUGGCGCGGCAUCGCUCUCGCGUACUCAGGCCUAUGGUCACAUGUUGUUGUCCUCGACAAGGAGGUCACUAUGGAGAUGCUGAAGCGCUCAGCCGGCCAACCGCUCACGGUCAUCUUCCGGCUGCCUGAACGCGAAGUCGAGGCUGGCACGAGGAAUGUGGCCGGUACGCGCACCGAAAUAUUCAAGGCAGUUCUCGAGGAGAACAUCGGCCGCGUCGACACCCUUGUCACACCAAUGCUCCCCGAGCUCCUUACUUUGCAAUUCGCAUCCAAGGCACCGCAUCUCCGCCGUCUCAUGUUCAUUGAACCCUCUCCCGUCGUCCCUGAGACCGCAGCUAACCCCGAGACUGUCCAAGACCGCGUCGUCCUUUCCGCGCUCGAGAGUCUCGUGAGCGUUGCCCCGCUCUGGGCGCCACUUACGCCCCUGUGCGCCCCCACCGUGAAGACGCUCGUGCUGACACACACAGUGCCGCACGACGACAUGAGCGAAGACGAGCCCGAGGAGGACAUGUACCUCACGCGCUUCAUAGAGCUCACGGAUGUGCUCCGGCGUCUGCCACACCUCGAACACCUCGACGUUGCUCUAAGCGACGACGACGAAGGCUUUCCGUACAAUGCCGAACUCCCGCGGCUGCGCACGCUCGGGCUGAAGACAUCGACACGUAUCUGCGCGUCGUUCCUGCGGUUCGUGAAAGUCCCGCAGAACACGAAGGUCCGACUGAGAGGUUUCUUAUCCGAUGAUGUCACCGGAUGGAAAACGACGGACGUCCCGAAGACGCUUGCGGAGGUCAUUGCCGACCCGUCAAAAGUCGAUGGCCCGAAGUUCGAGCCCGUACUUAGCGCCGCCAUCUGCUGGAAAGCCGGCAGAUACAAGUUGCGCGGUUGGCGCAGCGUGCAAUAUUUCAAGGACGAAGACCAGGAUCCUGAGCCCGACGUAGACCUUGACCUCUCCGUGGGUGCGCAUGUCAGCGAUCUGUUGGCGGUGCUUGGUACUCUGCCCUUGUGCAGCGUACAGACUCUACGGCUUGGGUACCUGCCGUGGCCGGGCGGCGAGGAGGUGUUUGACUGCGCGCGUGCAUUGUGCUUGAUGCCGAACUUAGAACAGCUCGCGUUGGAUCUUAUAUUCCCGAGCCUAGUAUGGGAACUCCUUGCGAUAACCCCUGCGACGCGCACGUUCUUCUCGCACGACUCAUUUGAGAGGCGUGACGAAAAACGAUGGGACAGGACGUCUAUUGAGAAGGCCGAGAAGAUGUUUAACCGUUAG